AUGACGGCCUGCCACGCCUGCUCCAGCGAGGCCAAGUACCGCUGCCCUGGCUGCGGCACCCAGAGCUGCUCGCUCGCGUGCGUCAAGAAGCACAAGGAGGCGACGCAGUGCUCGGGCAAGCGCGACGUGACCGCCUUCCGCGCCAUCGGCGAGUUUGAUGACGCGUCCGUGGUGAGCGACUACCACUUUCUCGAGGCGGGGCUCCGCUCCCUUCUGCCCGCGGGAAUGCAGCGCGCGCGCGAAAACAGCUCGAGCUACGACGCGCGGCGCAAGUUGCUUCGGUGGCGCGUCGAGCUGCGGUUCGGGCGGGCGGGUAUCACUCACGUCGAGGCGGCGGUGGGCGACAGGACGAGCCUCCGGGCGCUGCUCGAGGCGCUGCGCUCCUACUCGCGCGAGGGCGUCGGCGCGCUGCGCGUGCUGCUGCCGCUGCAGCAGCGGCCGGCCAACGACCCUCGCUUCGUCCUGCUCCCGCUCGACGCGAGUCUGGGCGAGUCGCUCCGCUCGCACGUGGUGACCUGCGCUGUCGACGGCUGCACGGAAGGGAGUACCAACCCCCGCCUGAAUACUUGA